AUGUUCACCAUAACACUACAGCAGCAGGGAGACGAGAGGCAGAGGGCAAAGUGGUUAAAACUUGCGGAGAACUUUAGUAUCCUGGGGUCAUACCUACAGACGGAGAUGGGCCAUGUGGGUUUGACUGUCACCCAUGGAGUGGUGAUGGCCCAGCUGUAUACCCAGGGUCAGUGUAUGGGACCUCACAUGUUCAUCAUGCAGCUCAGAAGUCUGGAAAACCACAAACCCUUACCAGGUAUCACUGUUGGAGACAUUGGUCCCAAAUAUGGCUGCAAUGACGGGGACAACGGCUUUGUUAGGUUUGACCAAGUGCGCAUCCCUCGUGACAACAUGCUCAUGAGGUUUGCACAGGUUGCUGAGGACGGUACCUACUCCAUGGUGUUGGAUCCCAGACUGACCUACGGCACCAUGGUCAACAUGAGGGUCCAGUUGACAGAGCGGUCAAACACGUCUCUGGCCAGGGCAGUGACCAUCGCCAUCCGAUACAGCUGUGUCAGGCGUCAGUCAGAGUUAACACCCGGAGAGCCCGAGCCCCAGAUCCUGGACUACCAGACCCAGCAGUAUAAACUGUUCCCCCAUCUGGCUGCAGCCUAUGGCUUCUGGUUCACCAUCCAGAACCUAGAGGCUCAUUAUGAACGGGUCAACUCCAAACUGCAAGAAGGAGACACCUCCGGUCUCCAAGAGUUACAUGCCCUGACUGCUGGCCUGAAGGCCUACACCACCUUGGAAGCACACCAAGGCAUAGAGGAGUGCAGACUGGCCUGUGGUGGACACGGGUACUCUCACGCCAGCGGACUGGUCUACCUGCUGACCAGCCAGGCCGUCACAGUGACCGGUGAGGGAGAGACGACAGUCAUGCUGCUUCAGUUAGCAAGGUAUCUGGUGAAAUGUUAUGCUAAGUCCCAGGCUGGAGCUAAACUCCCCUCCACAGUCAGCUACCUCCAGAUGGUACAGUCAGCUGCAGUGUCAGGUGGGACUACAAGGGACAUCAACAACUUUGACGUCCUAACUAAAGCUUACCAACACAGAGCUGCAAGACUUGUGAAAGUUGCUACUGAAGGAGUCAGGUUCAAGGUCACGAGUGAAGGUCAGUCUGAAGCAGAAGCCUGGAACAACAGUUUGGUGUCACUGGUCAAGUGUGCAGAGGCUCACAGCCAGUUUUUUGUGGUGAAAACGUUUGUAGAGGCCGUCAGGACCGUUGACGCGGAUGACUCCGUCAGAGCCGUUCUGAACACUCUCUGUCAGCUGUACGCCCUUCAUGGAAUCUGUGAACAUGCUGGAGACUUCCUGCAGGAUGGCUACUUGACAGGACCAGAUCUCCAGUUAGCCCGUUCUGAGAUGUGCUCGCUACUUUCGAAGGUCCGCUCUGAUGCCGUGCCUCUGGUCGACGCCUUCGACUUCCCCGACCAGAUACUGCAGUCCGUACUCGGCCGUUACGACGGCAGGGUCUACGAACAUCUUUACGAAUGGGCGAAGAAGUCUCCUUUAAACAAGUCUCAGGUACAUGAGUCGUACUACAAGUACCUUCAGCCCUUCUUACAGAAGAACAGGGCCAAGCUGUGAAUGAAAUCUUGAAGAUUCCUUCCUUGAAUUAUAAGAUAUGGAAAAGAAAGUCAUAGACCCUUGUUUUUUAGACUCAGGGAUUGUGCAAAUAAUAUCUUGUUGGCUGUUUCUUGCCCACAAGUCUUUAACUUAAUAAUGUUUUAUAUUCUAAAUGGAUGAUAUUCUAAUGAAAUAUUUGAUAUUAUAGAAUGUUGAGUCUAUGUUUUAGUUGAGAUCAUACCUUCCAGUAGGUAAUGAAAUAUCACUGAUUUUAUUGUCUAUGUUGGCAUAAGUACCAUCAUCUAGAGUACAAAAGUUUGUAUGAUUUUAAGUUAGAUAACACAGUUUAUAUGUCACAGUAGAGAUUGUGAUUCAGGCCAAUUAACAGAUCGCGAUCAGUGUCUCUCCUAGGACAGACUGCGAUCGGGAUCUAUCCUAACACAAUCAGCAAUUCUGCCUUAAGUUUUUUACAGAUUGUUAUCACAAUUUGUCCUUAUAUAGAACAGACUCGAAUUCUAAGGACAAUCUCCAAUUCUACUAAGAAGAAAUUCUGAUAGAAUUUUUUUUCAAAAAUAUAACGAAUUUUAACUUGAAAGUUCAUCAGUGUUGGUAGAUGACAUUCUGGAAAAGUUAAGCUGCAAUUUCCAACACGAAAAUUGGACGUUCCCAACUUUCGACUGAACAGCUCCAGUCUUGUCAUUGUCGCACGAUUUAGUCCGUGUCAUGGAAAUAGUUAUAAAACUAAAUUAAUCCAAAAACAACAUGUGAUACAUGUAUACAGAUACAUACAGAGGCUUAAUCUGAAAACGGCCGGAAAAGAAUUAGAUAAUUAUACAAGACUAGGCCAUGUGAAUCAGUCUCCCUCCCUACGUAUUUGAGAGCCCGUUGCUCUAUUCAACGACGUACCUCUUAGGCAAAAUAUAACAUUUUAAACAGGUCAAUUGUAUGCAUAAGUCUUGUACAUAAGAUACAUGCAUGUAGAGUCUAGACAAAUUGAUUAUGUCGUUAUUUUGUGCUAGUUGAAAUAAAUUUGAUACAAAU